UCUAUAUCCCCAUGGUUUGCUUUUACAUUUAUUUCUCUCACUUUGGCAGGAAUACCACCAAACCAAAGCCAGAAUCUCAGUUUGAGUUCAAAGCACCCCAGGCAAUACAGGAGCAAGAUUUUUACACUGUGGAACUGGAAAGAGGAGCCAAGGGAUUUGGCUUUAGUCUUCGAGGGGGCCGAGAAUAUAACAUGGACCUCUAUGUUUUGCGCUUAGCAGAGGAUGGUCCAGCAGAAAGGUGUGGAAAGAUGAGGAUUGGUGAUGAAAUUUUAGAGAUCAAUGGCGAGACCACCAAAAACAUGAAGCAUUCUCGGGCUAUAGAACUGAUUAAGAAUGGCGGCCGCAGGGUGCGUCUGUUUCUGAAGCGGGGAGACGGCUCGGUACCAGAAUAUGACCCCAGCAGCGACCGGCACGGCCCCGCCGCCGCCGGCGGUGCACAAGGGGUUCCGGAAGUGAGGGCCGCGCCCCCCGACCGCCGACAGCAUCCAUCAUUGGAGUCCAGUUACCCACCCGAUCUUCACAAAUCAUCACAGCAUGGGGAAAAGCGGGCACACGGGAAAGACCCAAAAGGCAGCAGAGAGUAUAGCAGACAACCCAAUGAGCAUCACACAUGGAACGGAACUUCUAGAAAACCCGACAGUGGGGCUUGCCGACCCAAGGACCGGGCACCGGAGGGACGGAGAGAGGCGCCCCCGGAGCGGAUGGUGACCAACGGCCCCAAGAGGAGGUCCCCGGAGAAGCGCAGAGAAGGCACCCGCAGCGCGGACACCACUUUGGAGAGGAGGGAGAAGCACGAGAAGAGGCGGGAGCUUUCUCCGGAGCGGAGACGCGAGCGCUCGCCCACCCGCCGAAGGGACAGCUCGCCCAGCCAUCGCAGGAGGUCCCUCGAGAGACUCUUGGAGCAGAAACGGUCCCCAGAGCGCAGGAGGGGGAGCUCGCCAGAGCGGAGGGCCAAGUCCACCGACCGCCGGCGGGCGCGGUCCCCCGAGCGCAGGCGCGAGCCGUCCCUGGAGAAGAGGAACAAGGAGGACCGAGUGAGCCACCGAGGAAGGGAGGAGCCCAGUGCGAAACCGGAUGCCGGCCGAAGCUCCAGACACGCCCCCGAGCAGAGAAGGCGACCUUACAAAGAAUGUAGCACCGACCUCAGUAUCUGAGACGCUGAGGCACAGUCCAACCUUUACCGUGUCAAAGGUUCUAAGAGGAAGGUCACAAACCUGAAAUAAUUUAGUUUCUUACCUGGUGAAGCGUCUGACACCCGAUGAUCCUAUGAAGAGCAACAAACAUUUUAUGCGUUUGAAAUCUUAAAAGAAAAAAAUAUAUAUAUGAAAAGUGUUGUGCCUGAUGUAUAAUAUUAAAGAAAGUAUUUUUAAAUGCGUACUUUUUUGGAAAUUAUUUGCCAAAUGCUGCCCCGAAGAGAUAUACAUUUUGUUUCUACAUAAACUGUAGAAUUGUCAAGAAUUGUUCCCUUUUGGGGGGGCAAUCUUUUUCUCUCCUGGUUAAAUAGGGCUGUUGAUCAGAAUUUUCUCUAAGGGAAAUUAUUGAUUAAGUUUAAUUAAUUUGAUGUAGAUUGUUAUGUAGUGAUGUAGUGCUAUACUGUAGUUAGGAGUUUUUCUUUAAAAAAAAGAGCAAAAAGGCAGAAGUUAUAUUUGUAAAAGCUGAGGACUCUUUGAGAUGGAUUAGGAUUGCCGAUGAUCCUAAAAUUAAACUGUAUGAAGAGACUACUAUUGCAAAUGAAGGAUAUUUAUAGCUAAACUACACAGCACAAAGAAAUGUUCCCUUCUCGAGUCAUAGUUGGUUCAGAAAACAGUUCGUACUCUCCCUGGCCGUAGAAAGGCACAGAGAGGAGAAGGUUGGCCGCCAUUACCCAAAUGUAGCCCAAGCACAGGCGGUCAGGUUCAUUAGCAUCACCAACAUCUAAUAAGAUCUCAUUAAGGCAGUGCCAUCACAGCUUUGCUCAACUACUAGAAGGAACAGACGGACACUGAACACCUUCUGUGUUGUCUUGUCUGACUUGAGGCUGAGUAGUGGAUGGAAUGGGGAACAAUGUGCCCAGUGCAAGGGAGCCGUGAGAAUCCUCCAUACAGAAAGCGUGUUCCCCCUUUGUAGCAUAAGCCCAAGAUUGCCCUUUGCCGAACUGGGGACCAGGGAGUGAGUGUUGGUAGAAGUUACCUCUCUGUUGAUAUUUAAAGAAAUGAGGGCUGGGGGUGCUUUAUUCUUAGAGAUGCCGAUUUCCCUUUGCAACCAUAAUAAAAGUCUCCAGGAUGGUUGAAAGGGAAAAAGACACAGUCCCAGUGGUGGUAGAUGGAGUUGGCAAACCUCUGCCCUCAUGAAAGUGUCCCUUGAGUCCUUGGACAGCAGAACAAAGCAUAACCAUUUUUCUUUUUAAAAACGACCCAUUCUUUUGCAGUCCCGCAGGAGGUGUGGUUGGGUCGGCUUGUAGCCCCAGGAUGUGGUUGAAAUGGAUUACUGCCUAGCUGAGCCAAAUGUUUGCUUGUACCUGUUGGAUCACUAUAGCAAACCGCUGCUUACAAUGCAUUGUGUAUUUCUGUAGUACUGUUCUGCAUUUUCCAUACAGACACAAAACUUUGCAAGUCAAUCACUGUUAUUCUCAUGGUACUGUUUAGAAAAAAAGGAAAAAAAAUGGAGAAAACCAGCCAAUCAUUGUGUGUACAGAGUUAAAAAUUGUAAUUAAUAGAGCCUGUUUAAGAAAUUUAAAAAAAAAAAACAACUGUUGCCUUUUUUUCUUGUAUAAAAGAGAAUUUAUGACAAAAAAAUUUAGCUGUGAGGAAUGUGAUAUGUGUUUAUAUUUCUGACUAUGGAACAAAUGGAUUCAUUGGGAUAUAUUUUAAUGUAAACUAAAUCAGGUAUGUAAAGCUGUUUUAAAAUGGGAGACUAUGUAAGUAAUUCUCUAAAGCUUUAGUUGGUUUGAAUAUCAUCAUUUCCUCCAUGGUGAGCCUGCUUGUGAAUUAUUAAGCACUUGUUCGCAUUCUCUGUUCUUCACUCAUUUCUUGCAGUGUGCUAUGGACUUAAUGCUCUUUCUGUAUUGAUGAAAAGCAGUAUGUGGGCCAAUCUUUUUAUAAAACACUAUGCAUAUAUAAAUAUUACAUUGUUCAUAGCUUUAUUUGACUUCUGGGUUGAUACAUAACAUAGACUGAGUUCCUGUAGUUGUGUGGACAUGCACAAAACACGUUCCUUUCCUGGAACAGAGACAAUGUACUUGCUGUAGCUGAAAAGGAGGAAGAGGGUCUGUGACUGCUACUUUUAUCAUCAGAGUUUUCCACACAAAGCAUACAUUGAGCUGUGGUAGUAAGGCUGAGGGAAAACACAACGGAAUAAUGACAUUUGUUUUCAUCAGUUUCCUUAGGAGCCCACUUGGGGAUUUUAUUCCCCAGGCUCCGCUGCUAGGAAUGUUUUGCUAUUUCUAGCAAAAUCGGUGAUGUUAAAUGAUCGAUGCUCUGCUCUCACUUGUGGUCCAGAGUUUUAAAUAAAUGAAAUCAAGGUGGAUUUUUGGAGUACAUCGUGAAGGUAACAUCUUAAUGUCUUUCUUGUUGUCAGAGGUGAUAUUUGACAUUUUAAAAUCUGUGUGCUACCCACUUGGGCUUGGCUCAGUCUGCGAAGACUUGGUGUGGCAAUUUCCUCUGAGUUCCACACAUCAGAUUUGCUUUGGAAAUAUUGUACUGUACAGGGACUAUGCAUUAAGCAGAAAGAUCUAGUUUUCUCUGAACUACUGUAACCUUAAAUUGGAGACUGAUUCUUGUGAGCCUACUUUCCCUAAUCCCCCACGUCAUGUAAAUGUCUUGAUGGGAGAUGAUGGAUGAGUAUUUUGUAUGAUUAAAUCAAACCAUUGAAGAAUCCCCCUCCCACCCAUUACACAGUUGAUGCCUGAAAGAAUGUUGGGGGGAGAACUCGACACCCUACUUGUAUUUUUUAAGUUUCUUUUGUGAAAGAUUUUUUAAUGCAUUUUUACUGUAAAAAUACAUGGAAAUGUAUGCAUUCCAUAACCAC